AUGGCGUCUGAUGAGUCUCAGCUGUCUGAUGAUGAUGAUGUUGAUCUAGAUGAUGACUCCGACUCCGAAAGAGUGAACAAAAAAAAAUUGCCAACUUAUGUCAUUGCUGACGGAUUCCGCUUACCAGGUAUGUUUCCUGCUGAAGCCUUCCGAUCUGCCUUAGCUUACACGCCUCGGCCCGAUGACCUUUUCAUCGUGACUUUUCCAAAAUGCGGAACCACCUGGGUCCAGAACAUUGUGGCCUGCAUCUACAGAGAUGGGAAACCCUUUCAGUCAGCUCUGGAAUUCUUUACUCAGACGCCAUUCCUCGAAAUGACCGGAGCAGAAGCCGCGGAGACGAUGAAGAGUCCGGAGGCCAUCAAAUUUCAUUUGGCUUAUCAUAUGACGCCGAUGUCCGCUGAAGCAAAAUAUAUCUUUGUGGCCAGGAAUCCUAAGGAGGCCUUCGAAAAAGACCCUAAGCUUCUCCAGGAUGUCAUCUACUACAGCAGUUUUGGUUUUAUGAAAGAACACUUCAACAGACACUUGGCAGAGCUCUGCAGCCUUCCGAGGGAUGUCAUCCUCAACAACCCCGACAUUCCCUCGCACCUGAGACAGAUAUUUGGAGCAGAGAAGAAAUUGAUGAAGACAAACGCAAACAGAGUGUGCACUUCAUCAGAAAAGGUCAGGAAGAUUCACAGACUUUUUAAUUGGGGAGCAUUUAUUGUAAUUAAUUUAUGCAUUGUGGGGGACUGGCGAAAUUACUUAUCCCCUGAGCAAAAUGAAAGGCUGGAGAGAAAGUUUAGGGCGAAGACAGCUGGAACAGAAUUAGCAGAUCAAUGGAAAGAUGACCUGAAAUAG